UCCCAAACAGCGAUGACCUCUCGUGCUAGCAGCAGCAGCAGCAGCUAGCCGGGAGCUCAUGCUAGCCGCUGCUGAGUGGACCCGCUCGGCACGAUGGACCCGGCGAAGCAGGAGGAGGACUACGGCUACAACCUGUUCCCGGAGAGAAACGCCGGGGAGCAGAAGAAGACGUCGCUCAGCCAGAGUCUGUUCACCUUCAACCACAAGUGUCAGGUCAUGCUGCAGUUCGCCAUGGAGACGAGUCCUUACGCCAAACUCCUCCUCAGCGCCAUGAAGGGCUCCGGAUGCAACGUGUUGAGAGAGCGCCAUUUCUCCUGCGAGGACUGCGACGGGACGGUCAGCGGCGGCUUCGACGCCACCUCCUCUCAGAUCGUCUUGUGCCAGAACAACAUCCACCAGCAGUCCCACAUGAACCGCGUCGUCACGCACGAGCUCAUCCACGCCUUCGACCACUGCCGCGCCAACGUGGACUGGUUCAACAACUACCGGCACCUGGCCUGCUCCGAGAUCCGAGCGGCGAACCUCAGCGGCGACUGCUCCUUCUACAACGAGGUGUCCCGGCUGCACUUCGGCCUCAAGCAGCACCAUCAGGCGUGCGUGCGCGCCCGCGCCCUGCGCUCCAUCCUGGCCGUCAGGAAGAUCGGCCGCGAGGAGGCGGAGAAGAUCGUGGACGAGGUGUUCGACUCGUGCUUCGGCGACCACGCGCCGUUCGGACGCAUCCCGCACGGCAAGAAGGACGCCAAGUUCGCCUACAGGGACUACAUGAACAGAGACCGCUACUACAGCAACCUGUAGCCGCCCGGCGCCGUCCGGGACGGCGGUCGGCGUGGAAACGACGGCCGGCCCUCAGAAGGGACUCUGCGGAGACGGCUCGUCCUCGGAGGACGCUGGACACUAAGCUGUCCAUGAAGGACGGGAAGGGACUGAUUCUGCUGGGAAAUCCGGUUUUAAUGAGUGAUGCUGCUCGUGUGCUUCAGGAAGUGCAGCUGUGUUUUUGUGAGUUUGCUGUGAAAGGAUGUUUUCACCUCGGUGACCUUUUGACCUUCAUCCAUUUCCUGUAAAUAAACUCGAUGGUGCCGACUUUAAACCGACUGGAGCUAAUUAAAGUUUGA